AUGGAAUCUAUUGAAAUUUAUCCAUAUUAAACAGGGUUAAAUAUUCUGCAAUUAUUAUUUAACAGAUUGAAUAUUGCUAAAUAGGUUAGAGAUAGUUUACAAGCAAUAUUGAAGAUUGAUAAUAUUUAAGUUGAUAUUAAUAAAACAAUUCAGGAUCUUGAGAUAAAUUUAUACUCGUAAAUAGAUGUAAUUUUAUCAAAAAAAAUAACAAUUUAAUGUGUUCAUGAAUUUUUAGGGACCAUCAAUUUUGCUACAGAUGUAUAUGAAUCAGCCAACAAGUUUAGAGUCCAUAUAUCAAACUUAAUCAAGAUCAAAUAAUGUGAGAUAUAGAUAACUAACUCUGAGGAUGGGACCUAAUUUGGGUCAGAAUGUUGGGGGAAGUAAGGAGUAUUUUAAAAUCUUACAGUUUUUAUUCAAAUCAAAAAGCAAUAGCAAAUAUAGUACAAAUAAUAGAUUAUGGAAAUUACAAUUGAUGUCUUUUAACCAAUUGCUAAAUACAUUAAUUAAUUCAAAAUUUAGUAAAACAUUGACGAUGAACUCAUUACUUUUAAGCUUGGAUAACUAAAUAUAAACCCUGAUUUAUUAUACAUAAACUUAAACAUACCACUAGACUAACCAUGGGAUGUUGAGUUUCGAUAGGAAUUCAUUUAUAAUGUAGCAUUUUAAAAUCAAGACAAUAAAUUGAUUACUAUACCAGGGAGUAUGGAAGUAUUUGAUUUAAUACGCAAGGUCAGACAACAGUUUAAAAUAGAAAAUACUAUUCCAUUAACAUUAGAAUACAAACUUAAGAAAAACCUUCUUGAUAUAAGUAAUACUCUAAAUCAAGAAUGUAUUCCUAUAUAUAGUCAAUUAACUCUCAUCAAAGAACCUUCUGAUAAUAAGAUUAAUAUCUUAUUGCAAAAUCAAUACUCUAUGAAGCAAUACGAGAGAGUGGCUGUGAAUUCUACCUUAGCUGAUCUGGAUAUACUAAUAAAUCAUGACAAAUACACUGAAACCAUUUAAUAUUUUCUAGAAGAAUAAAUAAAAGAUAAAAAAUUCAAUUUAAAAUAACUAGAUUUGUAAUCAGAAUGCAUUAUUAAUUAUUAGAUAAUAAAACAGGAUUAACAAUAAGAUUUAUAUUAUAACUAAGAUUAAUUAUAAGAUAUACGUUAAGAUUUACAUCUGCCAAGUGAGGACAUGACUUAAAUCACAAUCACUUUUCAAAAUAAAUACACAAAAUCGUCUAAAUAAAUUAAAAUUUCCUCUACUUGCACUAUUAUGGAUGGCUUUUAAGGUAUUGUUCAGACGGAAACUUUAAAGGAUACAAAAUAUUAUAAGGUAUAUUUUGGCAAUUAAUUACUUGAUCUUAAAUGGAGAUUUGAUAAAUUAAAUAUUAUUUCAAAUUCCAUCUUAAAUUAUUUCACUGAUUUUGUAAUAUUUCAAGCCUAGGUUUAAGGUCAAGCUUUAAAAGUAAUUGUAGAUUAAAACCUACCCAUUUCUUCAAUAGAACAACAAUUCAAAGCAUCGAAUAAUCUUAAUCAACAAUUAUAACUACAGAAUAUACAACCUUAAGUUAAAAAUUUGUCAUUAAUAGAAUUCUUAAAGGGAAACAAUAAUUUUAAAUUUGAAUUUGAUGUCCAAAAUGACAUGUAAUCUCAAGAAGAUAUAAUAGAAUUGUGUGUAUAUGUCAAUCAUGUUAGUUGUUGCGCCCAUAUUAAUAUGAAAUAGAACUAAACAGCAAAAGCUCUUUGCCAGAUAAUCAAAUACAGAUAUCAAUCACCAAGAAAUUAAGUACUCGAUCUCUUUAUAGGUUAGAAAAAGGUCGAUGAAAAUGAGACUAUCUAUUAAAUUAACAAUAUAAUUAAUCAAACUCGUUCGGACUUGAGGGUUUAAUUUAUAACUACCUUAACCUUGUAACUUGUGAAUUAGAAUGGUUUAAAAUAAAUAAUUUAAGCAGAACUUGAAAAUACUUUUGAGUUUGCUUUAAAAAAAAAUUAGAUAAUUGGGACUAACUUUACUUUUUAUAAUUAUACCAUAUAAAUGCAUAAAAACAUAAAAGAUUUGCCUAUUGAAAAUAAUUCCAUAAUAAGGUAUCACUCUUAAUUAUUAAUGAAUUUUUAAAAUGCUCGUAGUGGAACAGUACAAAAGAUGAUAGCAGAAUUGGAUGAGAGCCUUAAAAGCAUCAUUAACAAAUUAGGUGUCAAGAUUAAUAGACUUUUAUAUAAGAACUAAGUUUUGGACUUGACUUCUACGAUUAAUAGCAUAAACUAUAAUCCUAAUGAGAACAUUAUAUUUGAGGAAUAGCUUUCUUACCAUGAGGCAUCCGAAGUCAAGACUUUCCAAGAUUUAUAAAAUUGA